CUUGUGGAGAGCCUGCUAGUGAAUUCUGAAGGUAAAGGGUUGAGUGCUGUGUGUUUGCAGUGCUGGAAAUCAGGCCCCAUCCGUCUGCCAGGCCUCUACUGUGCACAGUGCAGCAGCAGGAGCUCUCCUCCGUCACGUGACUCACUCGGGCCCUGCCAUGGCUCCCAGCCCCAGCUACUAGUGACCCGGCCACCAACCAUGGGAGAGAAGCCAGUACAGAGCCCACAGCACCUCCACACCCAAAAAUGGGACCCGUCCUUCUUCUCCUGCCCGAGGAGAUCCUCCUGCUCAUCCUCUCCUACGUGGACCGCCAGUCACUGGGCCGGCUCGGGCAGGCGUGCAGAAAGCUCCGGCACUUCACCAGCCGGGACUCGGUGUGGAGGACGAUAGCCAGGCGCAGCCUCAACACCGGCUUCCUGCAGCAGGGCGCAGACAUGAUUUCCGAAAUCCCUGUGAAGGAAAGAGUACGUAUUUCUCAAAACUGGAAAUAUGGACGUUGCCAGCGCCAUACGAUACUUAAAUGGAAACGAAACUUAAUGCCCUGGUUGCAAGUAGAUGGCGACUUGUUAUAUCUUACUCAGGCUGAAGAAAUCAGAGCUUACCAGCUGCGUCACGAUGGCAGUGGACUUCACAGACGACCCUACGCUGUGUUUCUGGGUCAUCAGGAUGAUGUGUGUCGCUUUGUAGUCACCAAUUCUCACAUAAUCAGUGGAGGAGGGGAUGGAAAGAUCGCCCUUCAUAAAGUUCACAGUUCUGUCAGUAUCCAGUUCAGUGCACAUGAGCAGGAUGUGAACUGCGUGGAUUGUCAUGGAGGAAUUAUUGUCAGCGGCUCCAGAGACAGGACUGCAAGGGUGUGGUCUCUCUCAUCUGGCGCAGAUGCACAAUGUCUUCAUACUAUUCAGACGGAUGACAGAGUGUGGUCUAUUGCCAUAAACCCUCUGUUAAGCUCCUUUGUUACUGGGACAGCUUGCUGCCGCCAUACAUCACCACUCAGGAUUUGGGACCUUCAGAGUGGCCAGCUGAUAAACUGCCUUGGAACUGAAUUUAAACGAGGUGCUGGUGUUCUGGAUGUCUGCUAUGAAACACCUUCCAUUGUGCUUUCAUGUGGCUAUGAUACGUACAUAAGGUAUUGGGACUUGAGAGCAAGCACCAGGAGGUGUGUGAAGGAAUGGGAGGAGCCUCAUGACAGUGUCCUGUACUGCAUGCAGAGUGAUGGCAAUCACAUGAUAGCCACUGGGUCUGCUUACUAUGGUGUUGUGAGAUUGUGGGACAAGAGAAUGAACCGAUGUUUACAGUCUUUCUCCCUGUCAAGUCCAACGAGCAGCCCAGUGUAUAGCCUUCAAUUUAAUACAUCUCGCUUGUAUGCUGCCUUGGCGACCACACUUCAAGUUUUAGACUUCACUGUCUCCAACCACCAGUUCACACCUCAGUAGCUGCCAGUGUAUUCCACAACAUCAACUGGGAAUACAAAACAUCUCUUUAUUGGAAAAGAAGCCAAAAAAUAAAUGCCACAGAUCCCAGCAAGAAAAGACUUCUUUUGUAAUAUAAAAGUCACCAUAUGCUUG